CCUUCAAAAGCAGUGUAUUCGAGUAUGAUAGUCUAGUUAGAGAGGCCAUGACUAGCACAUUGAUCAGAAGACUUCAUUCGAAGGCAAGAUUUGUUCCGACAUGCCCCAAGCCAGAAUACGAUACUGGAUGUACCUUUUGCAGAUUACCGGAAUUCCCAGCCGAUAAGCAAAUCGAUAUGGAUCGAAAUUUAGCAUCUACCAAAACUGCACCUUGGAAGCAUGUCCUUAUAUUAAGUCAUGGUAUAAAAGAUUUUAAUACUAUGCCUGCUAAGAUAGAGUUGAUACCUGAAUCUCUUAGUUCAAAUAUUAACCAUUUAAAAAAUGGAAGAGUAAGUGCUCAUCAUCCUAUAUUAGUAUCUAAUAUUUUACUCCAAUCUCAUGAACAAAUUAUGAAAGCAUUUGGUGUUGAUGGUACAGAUAAAAAUGAGCAGUUAGUUUAUCUUUAUCCUGACAAUAAGGUCCUCAAGUUUGAUAUUAGCAAAACUGUCCAGUUCAUUACUAAGUACUUAACCCCACCAGAUCAUCAAUUGGAAGCAGUUUAUAAUCCUUUCAAAGUAUUGAAACAAGCUGCGUCCUCAAUUGCUUCUAAACCAGUAUCUACAGAAGAUGAUACGAAUGCCUUUACUGAGUAUCCUUUGAAAAAGAAUCUUGUUUUAAUAUGUGGACAUACACAACGAGAUGUAAGAUGUGGGAAACUAGCACCAUUAUUACAAGACGAAUUUUCUAGAGUACUUGAAAAUGAAAACCUUGAUAAGGAAACAGAAUUAGGACUUAUAUCUCAUAUAGGGGGUCAUGCUUAUGCUGGUAAUGUAAUUUAUUUCCCUAAGGAUACACAACAAAACCAUGGUAUUUGGUACGGAAGAGUAUUUCCUGAGAAAGUUCAAGGUAUAGUUAAAGAAACAAUGUUGAAUGGAAAUAUCAUUCAAGAUUUAUACAGAGGUGAUGUGUGAUUUAAUUAAAUACUAAAUCAUACUAUCGUUACCACUACUUCUACUUAGAUUGUAUAUAUAUAAAAAACGUCGACAUUUGGAAAUAUUACUAGUUAGUUUGUAUAUAUUUAGUUUUACAUCUUGUAAAUAGCAAACAAUACAAUACAAUAAAAUAC